AUGUCCACGCCGGGUGUCGUGAGUCCUGCGUCCCCGUUGAGUUCUGGUGGGUUCGGUGGAAAGGUGGAGAUGGUUUACAGUCUCCUCGGGAUGUUGGGGAGUCAGGAUCCGGUUGAGAAAAGCAAGACCCUGCUGACGAUGACGCAGUCACCCGAAGCGUGUGUCACUAUGAGGCAGUCAGGAUGCCUCCCUCUGUUGGUACAACUCAUUCAUGGAGAUCAAACUCACGAAGCAGGAACAAUGCCUUUGGAAGCAAGGCAGAAGGCAGCCCAAGCGCUGAGGAACGUGGUGAAUGCCGACCCCGACGAGAAGCGAAACCGUAGGGAAAACAGGGUCUUGAGGCUGUUGGAACACAUUCGUGAUUUCAGCGACUACUUAAGAGUGGCCAUGGCUGUCGUUGGAGGUGGUCGAGGUCCCCUUCCCAGUGGUGAGAGGAAAAAUUCCCUAUUUGGCUAUCCUUUGGCUUACUGUUCAUUUGAACUUACUUGA